AUGGCGUCCACUCCUGUGACAGCAGAACGCAGGCCGGCGUUCUUCAUCGAGCAGAUUCUGGGUUUGGAGCUGGAGAGACCUGGAACCUGCCUGAAACUCCACCGACCCUGGACAGAGAAGGAGAACAGAGGCAACAGUAUGUGCUCCAAACAACAUCAUCAUCACCAUCAUCAUCAUCAUCAUCCUCAUCCUCAUCCUCAGCAGCUGAACUCUCCCAGCCCGACAUCAAACUGGUACAUCGGACGCAGACCACGCACUGCCUUCACCACCAGCCAGGUGAGCGUCCUGGAGACGGUGUUCCUGGUGAACUGUUACCCAGGUAUCCAGCUGAGGGAGCAGCUGGCAGGAAGACUCGAUCUGGACGAGGACAGAAUACAGAUCUGGUUUCAGAACCGGCGGGCCAAGCUGAGGCGUUCCCUCAGAGAAACCCGUCUGCAGCUGGUUCAGACGGCCGUGGCUGACCUCGGGGUCAGAGGUCAACUGAAGGUCGAGAGCGAUGCGCGAGGUGACCUGGAGCUCGCCCAGCGACUCGCCUCUCGUCUGCAGUUUGAGGUGGAGGAAGAAGAGGAGUGACGCUGAUGAACUCGUCCAGUUAUUUAUCAUUUUCUACCAGCUUCUGUCUUCUUCUUCUUCCCUCCUCCCAAAUUGUCAUGACAAACACAACCGUGGAAAACAAAUGAAAGUCACAGUUUGCUUCCAAACCCGACACAGGAUUUAACGUUUACACAAAAACAGGUUCCUUUAUACUGAAAGUAUGUCGUCUGUUGUCUUGAAGAUCAAACUUUGUUAUGAGAUCUGCUCUGGAUCAGGUUGUAAUGUUAAGUGUCUUAAUAUGUGUAUAUGG